AUGACUCAAUCAAAAAAGGCCUGCUGCUCGAAAUGUCACACCUUUCGUCCUACUAAAUACCAACCUCACAGUUACUGUUCAAUCUCACUGGUAACCCCCAAAAGGCCCCGCCCACCAGCCGCCACCAGCAUCGCACACACACAAGAGAAGAGGGAAGGAGACUCAUUUAGACACAGACCCUCGCUUCAACUGGUAUCAAAAAACCCCAGCGAUUAUUUCCGAUUGCACUUGCUUAACACUUGCUGCUCGUAUGCUUUUUCUAUGUUUCCGGAUACUUUGGUCUGGUGUUUGAUUCUGUUAAUUGUGUCACCAAACUCAUCUAGUGGAUUUUAUUUCAGUAGGAGAGACGCAAAUCGAGUUAUCUGCUCAUCACCAUUCGAAGAUCAGUGCACAAUGGAAGAGAGGAGUCGGUUACAAGCCACAUCGGUAGAUAUGAUAACGAGGAAACACCAAGAUCGGGUGAUAUCAAUACGACACUUUUUAAAAUCCCAAAUGCAUAUUUUCAAUGACUUCUUCUCAAAAACCCUUCGAACUAUUCAUAUGGACCUGGAUCUCAUGUUCAGCAACACAUACGGCUCGUUUUAUCAAGAAAAUAUAGAUUUGGUAAAUGACUUUUUCAAAAAGAUUAAAGGAUAUUCGGUUAGCUUCGCGGGGACUAGUAUGAAAACUAUCGUGCAGAUGUUCUUUGACGAACUUUUUCAAGUCAUGUUCAGUAUUACUAAUCCAUUUUAUGUGAUCACAAAUGAACAGAGGCAAUGUAUGGAAGCGUUCUACAGGGAAAUCGAGGCAUUUGAUGAUAUUCCACAAAAAAUCACCAACCAACUUUCACUUCCUCUAUCGAAUUGGAAGCAUUUCCUAGGAUCAUUGGAGUCUCUUCAUGAGAUUUUGGAGGGAUAUCUGAAUAUAACACUAAAAGAAGAAUGUGAGCGGGGAUUGAGUCGAAUGGAAGUGUGUUCUGAAUGUCAGCGAAUCUCUGAGAAGCCUUGUAGAUCGUAUUGUGUGAAUAUUUUGUCAGGGUGUACACAUCAAAUGUUAGAUAGUGAAGGCGCAUGGAGGAAUACCAUUGAGAGUAUGAUAAGGCUUUCAAACCAGUUGAACCACCGACAGAAUCUUGUAUCCGCCCUCCAACCGAUUCCAGUGCUCAUCAGUGAAGCUGUUAUGCAUUUUCAGGAGAAAAGAGAUUUUAUCACUAAUAAGAUGAUUGGAAAAUGCCUUCUAGACAAUUCCGAGUUCGGUCUCCGCCGGAAAAGAUCGCUAAAACCCAAACACAAAAUCCAGCCGGUGAUAGUCUCGAAAAAAUCACGAGAUCAUUUGAUACUCAACCAAAUGUUCGAUUCCUUCAACUCCAAGUUGGAAGAAUGGAAGAUUUUCUUUGGGAACUUACCUGAAGAGUUGUGUGGGGAUGAAGAUUGGUCUAGCCAGGAUGACGAGAAGUGUUGGAAUGGGACUGAUGUUGGACGAUACAACCUUCCAGAAGUGAACUAUACACAUCCUUUCAAGAAUCCAGAAUAUCAAGGGAUUGAUUUUCUGACAUUCAGAGGAAGUUAUAUAGAAGAACGACUCCGUCUCCACUGGCUUCAAUCUCGAAUAUCUCAUGUAUUAUCUGGAAAAGAGUCUCAGAAAUCUGGAACUUAUUACUCUAAAGCGGAAGCUCGCAUACAAAUUGAUGAUGAAGAUUAUAAUGACUAUGAUUACGAAGGAUCUGCAAACGCGCCGGGAUCCGGAAGCUCAAAACCAGAAUAUUCUCCGUACUUCAAAAAAACUGACAACGACAAAAUUGAAAUUGUAAUUGAACCAUUCCCAGUUAAAUUUGUUAAAUCCCCAUGUUCAAUAUUUUUACCAGUUAUUUUUGUUAUAUUCUCUCUUUUAUUUUUGUGUACACCGGAGAAAACGAUGAAGAUGCGCUCCGUCGUUGUGUCUGCGUCUCUUUACUGCGCGUACUAUUUGUCGUUUUUCUUCAUUAAAUACACCAAAAAGUUUAUCAUCAACUGUACGUUUUCAGGUGAAUUCUUCCUGAACUAUCAUAUGCAAGAAGAUAAUGACGGCCCGAGAAAAUCACGGAAAUCGAACAAAAGAAUAGAGGAAACUGAUACGGAAGAGUCAGUCAACGACGAGACCACUUAUUCAUCAUCAGAAUCGGAUUUCGUUGAAGAAACUGUCGAGUACCUUGACAAAGACGGAGAACAAAACGUGAGAAACAGUUUAGACGAGGAAGAGGACAUCAUCGUUGAGGACGAAGAGCAAGAGGAAGAUAACGGUGACGACGAGGAAGAAAAAGAAGAAGAAGAAGAAGAAAAACGAGAAGGAAUCGCAAAAGUAUUCCAAGAAGACCGACCUCUAGAUGUGAUAGAACGUGCAGUGCGGCUGAGAAAUAUAGGAAACGGAGAAUUAUACGUAAAAGAUAUUGGGCUUCUUUUCGGGACGACCGCCUUGUUGGGAGCAAUGAUUUAUCUGGUGUUGGCGUUGUUAGGACUAACCAUGCCCUCACGACCUCUGGUGGUACCUAAAGCUGCAGUGAAACCAUUUUUCAUAGGAAUGCAUCGAAGGUUAAUAGAAGAUAGUUUCGAUGGCACAAUACGGUUAUCAGCGUCAGUUUUUUACCAAAAAUAUUUUCUGAAUGUCGAGAAUUUUGAUUCCAGAAAUCAAACACUAUCAGUAAUACUAUUAUACUCUCCAUAUAGUAUAAAAUCAAAAUGGUUUCGAGACGAGUACUUCAAUACAGCUCGAAAUAUGAAGAAGCUACACGGGGACCUCGCACCAUAUUUCGGGGCGACGAACUGUUUCGAUUCCAAUACAUAUUGUCGAAGUAAAUACAAUUUGAAGCAGUACCCAGCGAUAAUGGCUCAAAGUACGGGUUUUGUACUUUCUGUGUAUAAUGGUCCACUAAAUUCGUUAUAUUUGUCAAGAUGGAUAAACCGACUUCAAAAUCCAAUAUUUCGGUUACACAGCCCUGGCGACUUGAGGCAUUUAGCAGAACAUCACGAUUUGAUAGUCAUCCUAUAUUAUCAAAUCAAAACACCUCCUCAAGCUUAUCAAUCAGCUGCUAACUACACAAGACUUGCAUUCGACCAUCUAAAUGGAGAUCCAAACUCCGAGAGAACGAUUUUCUGCAUGGUGACGGACCCAACAUUUGCCAAUCAACUCCAACUUCACAAUGAGCAUGAUUUGAUACUGGUGAGCUCUGAGCUCAGGCUCUUAGCUACUCAUUACAAGGGUUGGACUAAUGAAGCUGUUCAUAAUGACGUACUGAAAUACUCCAAAGAAAAGGAGCUAAUGAAAGUGGAGUUUUUGAAUUUGGGAAGACAGUUUCAUUCGACUCAACUAGCUGAGAAAUUCGAACAAGGCUCUGUGUUAAUGUAUUUCUCUCGAGAUUUGACAUAUGGAAGUGAGAAAUAUAAGAUGUUCCGAGAAAUUGCACGAGAAUAUCAAAACUGCGCGCAAGCAAAUAACAUUCUUUCGAUUGUGAAUGAAAAUGAGGAAAUUUUAUUCGAAGAGGAUUGCUCGAUUAGUUUAGAGAAUAAGUUUUGCAAGGCUAACAACACUCUUUCAUUUUUGGCAAUUGAUUCUAGUGUGGAAAGCGCGUUGGCAGUGAAGUAUGGAGCAGAAACGGAAGAUAUGGUCAUUGCCAUCAACACCAAACAAGAAGUUACUAGAUACAUUCGGAAAAAUAUCACUCGAGGAAACAUCAACUGUCUCAUUCGCCAACACCACAACGCUGCGGAAAACGAAUUUGUGGUUGAAGCAGCCCAAAUUGUCACCCAGCACUCGUCGACAACGCCGGAAAAUCUCCAUAGUGACGCUGUUGGAGAGCCAUCAUCAGUCAAAUUUGUGAGCAACGCUACAGCAUUGCUGACUAGCAAGAAAAUCAACGUGAUACUGUUCAGCGGCGGAAUUUGGCAUAGUGCCUCCAGUUCUGCAAUCGCACCGUUUCAUCUCGUCGCUGACCAUUUCAAAGAGGCAAAAAGUAUUAUCGAUUUUUCUAUGGUCGAUGUGUCUGAAACCAGUCUUCCAUAUAAUCUCGACUUCGAUCAACUUCCGAAAAUUUUGAUCACGAGUGCAGACAGCAUUGGUCUCAGUUGGAAAUAUCCAGAAGAAUUCAUGAUCAACCAUACCAACAUUGCUCGAUUCGUGUUAACCCGACCUGGAAAAAUAUUCGGACGACUUCGCUGGCUGGACGCUUGUCAAGGAAUCUGCCGAAAACGAUCGCGAUGGCAAAUGAGAAACAAGCGUUUGCAGAUCAAAAGACAGCUGAGUCGCAACGUUGCAAACAGCAUGAGGCAACGACAGCUACUUGGUUACUACGACCGGAUGCUCAGAUUAAUAAAUUAA